ACAAAACAUUAUACACAUUAUAGUCAUUACACAUUUUACAAUUGUAUACCUAAACUUUUUAGUAAUUAAGUAUAUUAAAAUUCAAAUACCGUGUUGAAAGUAAAUUAAAAUUAUUAAUUAUUAUCUGACUGCUACAAAAUGGAAACCGUUAUUGGAAUAAAGUUCAAUGAUUUUGUACUCAUCGCCACGGACAUGACUGCUGCCCACAGUAUUAUGGUCAUGAAAGACGAUGAAGACAAAACUUACAACAUCACCAAUCAAGUAGUGAUGGGUGUUACUGGUGAAGCAGGCGAUGUACCUAGAUUUGCAGAGUACAUCACUCAAAAUGUCAAACUUUAUCGCAUGCGUAAUGGAUAUGAUUUAUCCAUUCCAGCCAUUGCGACUUUCACUCGUAAAACUGUUGCUGAACACCUUAGAAGCCAAAGUCCUUAUCAAGUUAACUUCAUGCUCGGUGGAUACAAUCCAAUUGAGAAAAAAUCACAUUUAUACUUCAUUGAUUAUUUGGGAGCACAAGUAGAUGUUCCUUAUGGUGCUCAUGGAUAUGGUGGUAUGAUGACAAUUACAGUUAUGGACCGUUACUACAAACCAGAUGCAAAUUAUCAAGAAGCAUAUGAUCUCCUUAAAAAAUGCAUAUUAGAAGUACAAAAACGUUGUAUUAUCAACAUGCCCAAGUUUAAAGUUAAAAUAUCUUAUGCUGGAGGUGUACAGGAAUUGCCAAUAAUUACCAAGGAUAAUAUUGAACAAAAUGUCAUUGUUAAUGUAAAAGAGUAAAGUUUAUAUAUCUGAUGUAUAUUUAUUUUUACUGUCUUUUUUUUUUUUUUUUUAAUAAACAUACAUUAUAAAUUUAAUUAAUGGAAAUAUAAACAAUAUGUAUUGCUACUGA